UUUUUUCUAACAAAUGCUCUUUUUUCCCAUCUACAAUGUCCGCCAUAGGUUGUCAUAUUCAUUCUUGUGUAAGUAUAAUUCUAAGCUGGUUAAAUGUAGAUUAUAACAGAAUACUUCACCACUUCAGACUUAACUCUGGUUUGGUAGAUUGCGGUUGAUGGUUAGAGGAUUCUGCCUCUCCUCAGACAGGAUAUACAGGUCUGUUAUGCAGAUAUCAAAUCAUACAGAAAUUCUUCUUCUUUAACCUUUCCAUCAGCAGUGGUGACCAGCAGAGCAUCACUGCUGGAACACUUUAUUCUGAUCUUGUUCACCUUCCAAACUCUUGACUCUAACUUUUCUAUGUCCUUAAAUCAGGGUGAAAAACCACACAAAUGUUAAGCAAACUACUCUCCACGCCUGCCCGUGUUUGGUGAGGUUUAAUGUCGCGCUGCCCCGCGCCUCAGAUCCCACCCCUGUCCAGCUGCUAGCAGAGCUCUGAGUUUCCCAAGGCCCCCCGGAGCCCCCGACCCGGGACACCCUCCCAGCGCUGCACUCCCCCAGGCCCUGACUGCCUGCACGCCUGCUCCUCUUGGCAACCGAACGGCCAGGGGAGGAUCAGGAUGACCGGGCGGCCGAGAUAAGGACCACAUGAAGUUUCCCGCAUUACCUCACCCGAUUAGGAAAGGAGCAGAGAGAGACGCAGAGCGAGGGAGAGAGGGGUCAUGCUGGGAGGAACUGAGCGGACGGUCGGGGAAGAGCCCAGAGCCUGCAGUGUUUGCCAGCGGCCUGAUGGGUCUGGGUGGAUGCUAGGCUUCCUACUGAGGAGCUUCGGAUUAGCCAGACAGAACCAAGCCGGACCAGGAAGAGACGUGAUGAGUAAUUUCAACUGUUUGAAUCAGUAGCUUCUUUUGAGAUCCAGAUCAGGCUUUAAAGAUGAGACGAUGAAAAGAUGACCUCGGGUCAGGUGCUUUGUUGUGCUUUCACUGAAUUACCUACUAGACAGUAUGAACUUUCCUCACAGCAGCCUGCUGCGGUCUAAAGCAAACCUCCAUCCGGCCAAUGAAAACACACCGAGCCACAGUGAUUUAAGUCCUCCCGACGCGCUGGGAGUCUGCUGCGGCUCUCCAGCAGAACCCAUGGCGGUCAACCCUCUGGAAGGGCUCAUGUUGGUGACGGUGAACCAGCAGCUGGUGCAUCAGAGCCCCGCUGCAGCGGCCGACCACCCAGCAGCCCCACAGGGACACAGGGAGAGUGCCACCAGCAGCCGCCAGGAGCCCAGGAAGUGGGAGCAGAACGUGUGUGGGUCCAGGUUCAGCUCGGCUCCCGCCUGUGGCCCCGUGGUGCAGAGCAGGCCCCCAAGGGUCCAGCACUCUCCAGAAAACGCAGCGCGAGAGAGGAGCCGAGUGCGCAACCUGCGGCAGGCCUUCCACAGCCUGCAGGCAGCUCUGCCUUCAGUCCCACCCGACACCAAACUGUCCAAGCUGGAUGUCCUGGUCCUGGCUACUAACUACAUAGCGUACCUGACCGAGACAUUGGACCAGGACGGGGCGGUGGCAGAGCACACUGCCCCCUCCAGGCCGGGCGGAUACCUGCAUCCUGUCAAAAAGUGGCCCAUGCGUUCCCUGCUCUACUGUGGCACUGUUGGGGAUCUGCUGUCAGCCAAUCAGAGGCCCCGGCAUGGCCACGACCCGGCCCGACCUCUGACCCCAGACGAACAGCGGUAACCCGAUACCAGACUACUUUAUCAAUCUAGUCGUCAGUCGCCAUGAUGGGAUCAGGAGGAAAAAACUCAGUUGUUAUAUAAUAAUAAGAAAACAUGCUUUUUAAUAAUCAUUUAUUCAACUUUUCUGCCAGUCCUUGGACUAGACCUGAUUAUACAUCCUCCAACAUUCUGACUGCCUGUGUACAGAUUUUCUCUGUUUUCACAAGUAUUUAAACCUACUGAUCAUUUUCACAUUUUGUCACAUUACAAACACAAAGUUCAAUGUAUUUUA